AUGAAGACCAGAAGCUUCUUGGUCCAGGUGGUGGUGCUUCUCGUCCUUGGGACGCUGGUGGCAGAGGCGGCUAUCAUAAGAGGUCGUCCAAAAGGUCAAGGUACUAAGAAAACAAAUGUUUUAGUCAAUGAAAAGGGUCCAAUCAAUGGUCAAUAUCCUGUCAAAAGACCAAAUCCAGUGAAAGGUCAAGGUCCAGUCAAAGGACAAGAUCCAGUCAAAGGUCAAGAUCCAGUCAAAGGACAAGAUCCAGUCAAAGGUCAAGAUCCAGUCAAAGGUCAAGAUCCAGUCAAAGGACAAGAUCCAGUCAAAGGUCAAGAUCCAGUCAAAGGACAAGAUCCAGUCAAAGGUCAAGAUCCAGUCAAAGGUCAAGAUCCAGUCAAAGGACAAGAUCCAGUCAAAGGACAAGAUCCAGUCAAAGGUCAAGAUCCAGUCAAAGGACAAGAUCCAGUCAAAGGUCAAGAUCCAGUCAAAGGACAAGAUCCAGUCAAAGGACAAGACCGAGUCAGAGGUCCACUCCUCACUAAGCGUGGCUCCUGCCCCAGGGUUCUGAUCCGGUGCGCCAUGAUGAACCCCCCUAACCGGUGUCUGAGAGAUGCUCAGUGCCCAGGGGCCAAGAAGUGCUGUGAAGGCUCUUGUGGGAAGACCUGUAUGGAUCCCCAGUGAGGGAGAGUCUGUGCUGCUGCACCUGUGAGGUCCCCAGGGAUGUAGGCCCUGGUGCCUAUAGCUUGACCCUCUCCCACACUGCCCCUUCUUCCUC